AUGGCUACAUUCUUUGUGGUACCUGAGCCAUCAUCUCUAGAAGUUGUGAACACGCCUUUGCUGAAACAGAUUCAUUCUCAUAAGGAGUCUUUGGAAGAUUCUCAAGUACCUGGAGUUUGUGCAACAGAAGAAGUGAUUCGCUAUGAGUACCAUGUCCUGUACUCCAGCAGCUACCAAGUACCUGUGCUUUAUUUUAGGGCAUGCUGUUUAGAUGGAAGACCUUUAACUCUGGAUGAAAUAUGGAAAAGUGUUCAUGCAUGCUACCAGGCUCGUCUGCUGGAGAGGCCCUGGGACACUAUUACACAGCAGGAGCACCCCUUGCUUGGACAGCCAUUUUUCGUUCUGCACCCCUGCCAGACUAAUGAAUUCAUGUCUUCUAUACUGACCAGUUCACAGAAAGACAACAGACACACAAAUUACAUUGUAUUGUGGCUCAGUACGGUAGGCCCAGUUGUGGGUCUGAAUCUGCCCCUGAGUUAUGCAAAACUAGCUCUUGAGCAGAAUACAAAUGCUGAUUCAGAUGACAGAUUCCAUGACAGUCUUAAAAACCCCUGCACCACAAGGAAGCUUUCACUCCACCACUUGAGAGAUUGUUGUAACUGCCACUUUCUGAAGAUUAAUUUCAAUGUAAGGCCAGAGAGGAGUUUACUGCUAUGUUUGAAAAGAGAAUGGGUUUAUGGAGCCUUGCCUUGAACACCACCUUUUCCCCCAGGCCUCUUAGAAAACAGGCUGUUACCUGUAGUAGUAUUUUUCAGUAAUGUUGUUGGUACUGCACACUGGAAGGGGGAGCCCCAUCUAAGAGGAUCAGGCUGCAUGCUUCCCUGUGCUCUGCAGGGUUCAGCAGCCAUACACUGUUAGCCCCAUCAACGCAGGCCAGAUAGAGGCAAGUACUAUUCAGGUGCUUCCUUUCCCCACCUUUGUUGCUGCCCAGGAUUAGGCUAUACAUAGAAAAGAAUCCCAGUAAGCAGAUUUUCACAGCAGUCCCUGGUGUUGGUCUGUAUCUUCUGGAAUAAAUCACCUUAAAAGAGGGCAGUCUUAAUGACUCUCUUGCUUCUGCUGAGCAAGCACUGCAGUUUAUAGCACUCCACUUUCAGGAGCAGGUAGAGCCCACAGCAGAACUCAGGCUGAGGAUAGUUUCAGAGAUCUGGCAAACUGUGGAAAAGAACUGAUCCUUUUCCCUUUUGCACUUGAACUAAUGAAAAUCCUGAACUGAAAUGUGGUGUA